AUGUCGACUAAACUGUCUCCAGACACCUGUCACUUUGAUCACGAUUAUGAUCCUGAUCCUGGCGACGAAAAUGAUCAGUUUGAUCAAGAUUAUGAUCCUGAUCCUGGCGACGGAAAUGAUCAGUUUGAUCAAGAUUAUGAUCCUGAUCCUGGCGACGAAAAUGAUCAGUUUGAUCACGAUUAUGAUCAUGAUCCUGGCGACAGAAAUGAUCAGUUUGAUCAAGAUUAUGAUCCUGAUCCUGGCGACGGAAAUGAUCAGCUUGAUCAAGAUUAUGAUCAUGAUCCUGGCGACAGAAAUGAUCAGUUUGAUCAAGAUUAUGAUCCUGAUCCUGGCGACGAAAAUGAUCAGUUUGAUCAAGAUUAUGAUCCUGAUCCUGGCGACGGAAAUGAUCAGUUUGAUCAAGAUUAUGAUCCUGAUCCUGGCGACGAAAAUGAUCAGUUUGAUCAAGAUUAUGAUCCUGAUCCUGGCGACGGAAAUGAUCAGUUUGAUCACGAUUAUGAUCCUGAUCCUGGCGACGAAAAUGAUUAG